AUGGACGUGCCGGCGGUGCUCGCCCCCCCGGCUCCGGCCCCGGCCCAGCGCGGACCCCAGCUCGGGGGCGGCCCCGGUCGGACCCGCAGAGCUCCGGGCCCUGCGCGCCGCCGUCUCCUGCUGCUGCGGAGCCCCGAGGACGACGCGCAGGGGCAGCAGUGCGGAGAGGCCCGGCCAGCGGGCCCCGGCGGCGGCGGCGGCGGCGGCGGAGGCGACUCCUUCGUGGUGCUGCUGGAAGUGGCGCGCGGCGCGGCCGAGGCCCCGGGGCGGCUGGAGCCCGAGCCCGAGCCCAGCGUCGCCGCGAGCCCGGCCGGGCGCCCAGCGCAGGCCCUCGGCGGCGAAGCCCUUGUUUCCCCUACCGGCGCGCCUCUCGCGAGCCCCGGGGCCGCCGGCGGCCAGGACCUGGUGGUGCGCUUAGAGCGCGGCGUCCUCGCGCUUGCUGCACCGCCCCGGGGUUCUCCGCCGGACCGGGAGGCCGCCUGUCCGGCCGAGGCCCGCCGCGCGCCCGCCGGUCCCGGCUACCGCUGCCCGGAGCCACAGUGCGCUCUCCUCUUCGCCAAGAAGCACCAGCUCAAGGUGCACCUGCUGACGCACAGCGGCGGCCAGGGCCGGCGGCCCUUCAAGUGCCCGCUGGACGGCUGCGGCUGGGCCUUCACCACGUCCUACAAGCUCAAGCGGCACCUGCAGUCGCACGACAAGCUGCGGCCCUUUGGCUGCCCGGUGGGCGGCUGCGGCAAGAAGUUCACCACCGUAUACAACCUCAAGGCGCACAUGAAGGGCCACGAGCAGGAGAGCCUGUUCAAGUGCGAGGUGUGCGCCGAGCGCUUCCCCACGCAUGCCAAGCUCAGCUCGCACCAGCGCAGCCACUUCGAGCCCGAGCGGCCCUACAAGUGCGACUAUCCCGGCUGUGAGAAGACGUUCAUCACAGUGAGUGCUCUCUUCUCCCACAACCGGGCCCACUUCAGGGAGCAGGAACUCUUCUCUUGCUCCUUCCCUGGUUGCAGUAAGCAGUAUGACAAAGCCUGUCGCCUGAAAAUCCACCUGAGAAGCCAUACGGGCGAAAGACCUUUUAUCUGUGACUCUGACAGCUGUGGCUGGACCUUCACCAGCAUGUCAAAACUCCUACGGCACAAAAGGAAACACGAGGAUGACCGGAGGUUUGCCUGCCCUGUGGAGGGCUGUGGGAAGUCGUUUACGAGGGCAGAGCACCUGAAGGGCCACAGCGUCACCCACCUGGGCACAAAGCCCUUUGUGUGUCCUGUAGAAGGGUGCUGUGCCCGGUUCUCUGCGAGGAGCAGCCUCUACAUUCACUCCAAGAAGCACCUGCAGGACGUGGCCCCAAAGAGCAGGUGCCCAGCCUCCAGCUGUGACAGGCUCUUUGCCUCCAAGCACAACGGGAAGGCGCACGUGGGCAGGCAGCCCCGCCGGCACCCAGACCUCUUCCCUCCGCUAGGAGCUCCGAGUGCCCUUACGCCCAGCAGUGACCUCAGUGGCCCAGGCCAGAGCGAGUUCAGCAACGUGGACCUGGCACUCCUCUUCUCCGACACGCCUGGUGACAAUAGCGGUGCCGCUGGGGCCUCUGACGAGGCGCUAAGCGCUGGGAUCCUGACGAUUGAUGUGACUUCCAUGAGCUCCUCUCUGGGAGGGGACCUGCCCACUAGUCACACUUCCUUAGGGCCCAUGGACCCGCUGGUCUUGGUGGCCCACAGUGACGUGCCUCCAGGCCCAGACAGCCCCCUCGUCCUUGGGACAGCGGCCACGGUCCUCCAGCAGCGCAGCUUCGCCAUGGACGAUACGCAAGGUGUAGGCGCAGGAGCGCUGGGCUGCUUGGUGGCUGUGCCUGUGAAGAGCUUGAGCCUGGACCCACCGGCUUUGACCUCCGGCAGCAGUUCGGCAGCGAACACCUGCAUGCCAGCCUCUGCCAGCAGCACUCAGGGAAACACCAGUGUCCCAGAGCUGCUGGUUCCCAUCAAAGUGGAAGCAGACUCGCCUCCUGGCCCCGACACCAUCAGGCAGCAGGAGCGAAGCAGAGGGGCGCCUCGGCCUGUGCUGUCCAGCCCCGCAGAGGAGCACGGGCCCCAGACAGACGCGGGGCUUGGUGCGGGGACCAGCGGCCUCUCCCUGGAAGGUGGGGGCUCAGCAAGAACUGAUUCCCGAGCCAUUCAACUGGCCAAGAAAAUAAAGCAGAAAGGAGCUGGGAGCAGCGCAGGAGCUACGGGGCCAGCUCAGACCCGAGGGAAAGAUGAUGACCCGGGCAGCCCCACUUGUGUGCCUGCCAGCCCGAGUGGCUGGGUGUGGGGCAGCCUCGUGGUGCCCAGCGUCCAGGUCCAGCUGCUGCAGGACGACCCUGCGGGUGAAGCAGGCCUGCCGCUGGCGCUCAGCCCCCAGCCCUCUGCCUUCCGCCCCCUGCUCGCCAUCGAUUUUCCCGUCUACGUCCUCCAGGAGGUGCUUCCUGCAGCUGGAGGGGCUGCCGGGCCUGAGGACACGCAGCGCUCGGGGAGCACGGCCAGCCUGCGCGACCCGCAGUGAGAGCAGCCCUGCCUGGGCCGAGGGCGCCACUCAGACGCCAGCCUCAUUCUUUGGGACUUUGGGGUUCAUUUGUCAGAAUUGUUUUUCUUAUGUUGUAUCAGAAACCAGUUUGGGGCUGUACUACCUGAAACUGCCUGUGUGAGCAGAUGCUCGGGUCAGGCAAGGAUGCUCUGUGCAAAGCGUGCCUCUCCUGAGCGGCCAUGUGCGUGGCCCUCAUCUGGCCCUGCCGAGCCCGAACAGCUGCAGGCCCCUGGCCAGAUGGCUCAGCUGCAGUGAAAGCUCAUGGGUCUUAAGCUUCAGGGUCAGGGUCUGGCUGAGAGCACCCCCCCCCCCCCCGUGGAGGUCAAGGUCAGGCAGGGGGCCCAUUGUCAAGGAAGCUAAAUUCUAGCCCGUGUCUGGCAGACCAGGCAGCAGUGGUGUCAGAGGCACUGGACGGGUGAAACAGCCCCCAGUUCUGUCAGAGCCCCCUGCAUAGAUUGAAUUUUGACUCAUAACUUUUAAAAAGAUAUUUCUAAAUCUUGUAUUUGGGUGUUAGCAGUUAGUGGUAAUUGGAUAGUGGUUUGCAAGGCCACAUUCUGAGAGCAUAAAGCUCGUGUGGGGCUGUGAUGGGGCUGCUUUUGUAGGUGUGCACACGUGGUGCCCGGUGUUGUAGAGUGGUGUCUCUGGUAAAAGGAGACCAGACCCAAACUUGCAAAUGUUUAUUUGUUCAUUCACGGACUGCACACAGGGUCUCUCAGAAAUGGUUUUUUUGCCUGGGGUCUUUAGAAGUAUUUAUUCGAGUUGCUGUUUGAUUCUCAGACUUGAAGUCAUCCAAACUCUUGUCAGUUUGUAUCUUGAGUUUUUAUAGUGACUCCAGCUUUCUAGCGUGAUCUCUCCAUCCUGGGCAGGGUGGGGGGUGUCCCCAUUUCUAGAGGGUUCUUAACCACAAAACUCUGUGCUAUGUCAAGGCAGUUCUGUGCUGUCCAGUGGCCAUGCCACACUGUCCCCCUCCAGGCUGUGUGGUGGCCCUUCAUCUUCAUGCCUCAGUUAGUGUCCACCUGAAGUGCUCAGAAUUGACUAAUCUCCUAGGUUCGGAGCCCCUGCUGACCUUGGGCCCGACACCAGCGCACAUGAAUAAAGGUUCUGUACAGCCA